AUGGCGCUGGCACCACCUAAUCCUGAAAGCGGAACUGAUAUAUUUUUGUGGAAACAUGGGGAAGACGAUUAUCAGGCCACUUUCUCUGCCUCAAAAACUUGGGACCAAUUGCGAGUUAAGAAGCCUAAAGUCGCUUGGAGUCGGGUGGUGUGGUUCUCACAAGGAGUCCCUCGAUUUUCCUUUAUCACCUGGUUAACCGUUAAAAACAGAUUGUCAACAGGGGAUCGAAUGAGGCAACGGGGUCUGGUGCAGGGUUGUGUGCUUUGUGGGGAACGAGAUGAGACAAAAGAUCACCUCUUCUUCGCAUGUCCAUAUUCCUAUACAGUUUGGGAAGGCCUUGCAAGCCGAUUAAUGGGAAGAGGAAUCAACCUAGAUUGGCAUUGGACUAUCAAUUGUUUGCAGCGACUGGGGGAGAAGAGAAUGGACACUAUUCUCGCAAAGAUGUUACUGCAGAGUGUGAUUUACCAUCUGUGGAGAAAACGUAAUGCGAGACGACAUCACCAAACAUGGACAACCACUGAUCAACUAAGAAGGGUCAUUGACAAGGCCGUUAGGAACAAGAUUGUGUCAUUACGGUACAAGUUUGAUCACAAAUAUGGAGGUCUCCUCUAA